AUUGCAGUUAACAACAAUGUCGAAUUCUCUAAAAUAAUCUGACCUUUUAGCUUCUCUCAAUCACAAAGGUAUUAAUCCAUUACCAAAAUACGAUGACAUCCGAAUUGGUCCUCCAAUAAUUCAUACCAAUUCUAAAUAAAUAAAAGAGAAGCCUUAUUUUUAGUAACAAGAUAAAAAGUUAAGUCAAUCUUAAGUUUAAAAAUAAAAAGGAUAGCAAGAAUUAGCGAUUGUUUAGCAUAUUAGAAUCAUUUUCAUGUUUUAUGUAUAAUUUGGCAAUAAAACUAACAUUUAAUAUUUAAAAUCAAGUAAAUUUAUUAAAGCUAUGGCUGAUGCAGAGAUAAUCAAUGAUGGUAAAUAUAUUAUAAAAAAUAUUAGAAAUAACUAGUAAAGAUCUUGAUAUUUUAUAUUUCUAAACUACAAAAAAUACAGAAACUCUAACUUUAGACUAAUUCAAAGAUUUACUUGUAAAAAUAGCAACAAAACUAUAUAAAACUCCUGAAUAAUCAAAAUCUUUUUUAUAGCUCUAUAAGAAUCAUUUGUCGAUUCUUUAUGAAAAAAUAAAUGAAUAAACAGAUUUUGGUUAAGAUUUAAAAAGAAUAGAGACAUGUAGGAGUUUAAUUGAUGAAUAGUUUUUGGAAAUUAUAUCUUAGGUAUCAGGAUUAUUGUCAAAAAUACAUGCCUUUAUAUUUUAAGAUUAAAGCUAAAAGAUUUCUUAAGUUUAGAGUUAGUACAUGCAUUUUUUACAAUAAUUUGAAAUUAUUCCCCUUAUAAUUACACAGACAAAAGGUCAAAUGAUAUUUUUUGAUUUAUUUCAUAGGGACUCAGAUUUAAAUUUAAAGAAUGAUGGAAAGUUUUUAUUUAAUUUUUCAAAGUUUGUUGAAAGUUUAUUAAUCAUUUCAUUUCAUUAAGUAUAAGAAGAAAAUUAAAAUGAAUUGGAAUUGUUUUUUUAGUUAUUAGAGAAAUUGGAGAAUUCUUAAGGAUUUUAGAGCUUUUCUAAAAAGAAUAAUUAAACAAAGAAUGAAUAAACAUAAUUAGUGAUGGCAUUGAGUAGAGUAAAUUCUGCCAAAUAGAGUAGAGUUUCAACUGUUUAUUAGUCUUAAUAAUAAUAAUAAAAAUAAAACUCUAAUUUAAAAUAAUCAUAUUAAAUGAAUGAUGAAAGUAAAUAAAUAUAAAGUUCAUAAAUACCUUAUGAAAAAGAGAUUAGAAAUUUAUUUGAAUAUUAUUCAUAAAUAGGAGAACCUUUAAAUUUGGUAAAUUUAAAAAGUAUAAAAUAUAAAAAACUUUUAUAAAAUUGUGGUAUAAUUGGAUCUAUGAUAUCUUAAGUUGAUGCUGAUAUGUUUUACAUUUAAUCAACACCAAAAAGGAAGUUAGAUUCAACUAAAAGUCCAAAAUUCAAGGUUAAUAAAUUAUAUGAUAAUGAUAAUUAAAAUGGUAAAAUGGAUUUUACAAACUUUUUUUACUCUUUGCAGUUAAUAGCUGAAAAAUUUUAUGAUAAUGAUAUUGUAGGUAUGAUUGAAUAACAUUUAAUACCUCAUGAAACAUAAUUAAGAAUUGAAAAACAAGAGUUUAUUUUGUAAAUUUUAAUGACAAUUUUAGAUGAUCCUAAAAUAGUAUAGAAUUAUAAUUAUUUUUAGAUAAAAUUAUAUGAAAUUAUGCAGGAACAUUUUGAACCUUACUACAACCAUUAUACAAAAGAUUUAAUGACUAUAUCAGGGUUUAUGAAAUUUUGUUAAGAUUUUGAAUUAGCAAAUUCAAUGGUAUCAAAAGGAUAACUCAUGCACGUUUUUAAAGCAAUAGCUUCUUUAAAUAAUUGUGAAACUAUUGACAGACGUUAAUUUGUUGAAGCCAUAAGCGUAAUAGCAAUUUUAAUUUACAACAAUAUUAACGAUAAUGAAUAAAAAGUAAAAGAAAUUCUCAUUUAUAGAUUAUCUAUUUAUUAGAAAGAAUUACUUAAAGUGAUGGAGCUAUAAAAGUAUCUAAGCAAUUAGGAAUAAUGAAAAAUCCAUAAAAUACAAAUUUAAUUUAGUUGUUUCGCUAUUAAUCUUAUAAAGAUAUAACAAUUAAAGAAGAGGUUAACUUUAAUAAAAUAAUAAACUAAAUACAAGAUGAACAUUGA